CACUAUAUACUACAUUCUCCAUCAUUUUGAUAUUACACCAAAAGAAACCAAAACCCUUUCUCUUUUUUCUCUUCAAAGGGUCCAGUUUUCAGAAUCUUUUCAUCAUCAGCAUUCAUGAACCCACAUGGGUUCAAGCUUCUAGAUUAGAACAUAUUUAGGCUUUUCUUGAUUUCAUCUUUUGGGCUUGCUUAAGACUGUUAUAUUAGAAGUUUGCUUAGCAUUAGAGUGGUUUGAGUUGUCUCUGCUGAGAUUUGUUGAUCAUUGGCUGAUCUGUAGUGGAGAAGUAGUCUUGAAAAUGCAGAGACCCCCACAAGAAGAUUUUUCACUAAAGGAGACCAAACCCCACCUUGGUGGAGGGAAGGUCACAGGUGAUAAGCUUACUAGCACCUAUGACUUGGUUGAGCAAAUGCAGUAUCUUUAUGUCCGGGUGAUGAAAGCAAAGGAUUUGCCAGGGAAGGAUGUUACGGGUAGUCUUGAUCCUUAUGUUGAGGUUAGGCUUGGAAACUAUAGGGGUACAACUCGUCAUUUUGAGAAGAAAUCGAAUCCUGAAUGGAGUCAGGUGUUUGCUUUUUCCAAGGAUCGGAUUCAGGCUUCCGUACUUGAGGUGAAUGUGAAAGAUAAGGAUUUUAUUAAGGAUGAUUUUGUUGGUCGCGUUAUGUUUGAUUUGAAUGAGAUCCCUAAAAGGGUUCCCCCGGAUAGCCCUCUUGCUCCACAGUGGUAUAGGUUGGAGGACAGACACGGUAAUAAAGUCAAAGGAGAGUUGAUGUUGGCUGUUUGGAUGGGAACUCAAGCUGAUGAAGCCUUUCCAGAAUCUUGGCAUUCAGAUUCUGCGUCUGUUAGUGGUGCUGAUGCUCUUGCGACUAUAAGGUCUAAGGUGUACCUCUCACCAAAGCUAUGGUACCUUAGAGUUAAUGUGAUUGAGGCUCAGGACUUGAUUCCCGGUGACAGAAGUAGGUUUCCAGAAGUUUACGUGAAGGCCAUCCUCGGAAAUCAGGCGUUGAGAACCAGAGUUUCCAUGAGCAAGACUAUUAAUCCCAUGUGGAAUGAGGAUCUGAUGUUUGUAGCAGCAGAACCAUUUGAGGAGCCAUUGAUUUUGAGUGUGGAAGAUAGAGUUGCACCAAACAAGGAUGAAGUACUUGGAAGAUGUGCUAUUCCUUUGCAGUAUAUUGAUAGGAGGUUGGACCACAGACCUAUUAACAGCAAGUGGUAUAAUCUUGAAAAACACAUUAUUGUCGAGGGAGAAAAGAAGAAGGAAAUCAAAUUUGCAAGCAGGAUUCACAUGAGGCUAUAUUUGGAAGGAGGCUACCACGUGCUGGAUGAAUCAACCCACUACAGCAGUGAUCUUACACCAACUGCAAAACAGUUGUGGAAGUACAGCAUUGGUGUCCUGGAAUUGGGUAUUCUGAAUGCUCAGGGCAUUUCGCCAAUGAAAACAAAAGAUGGGCGGGCUACAACAGAUGCCUAUUGUGUUGCCAAAUAUGGGCAGAAGUGGGUCCGAACGAGGACCAUUAUAGAUAGCUUUGCUCCCAAGUGGAAUGAGCAAUACACUUGGGAAGUAUUUGAUCCUUGCACUGUCAUAACUAUUGGUGUUUUUGAUAAUUGCCAUCUGCAAGGAGGAGAUAAAUCUGGUGGGGAUAAGGACUCGAGGAUUGGGAAGGUCAGGAUCCGUCUCUCAACUCUAGAAACUGACCGUGUCUACACACAUUCUUAUCCACUUCUGGUCUUGCAUCCUACGGGGGUGAAGAAGAUGGGUGAAAUUCACUUGGCUGUUAGAUUUACUUGCUCAUCAUUAUUGAAUAUGAUGCAUAUGUACUCUCAACCACUGCUACCCAAAAUGCACUAUAUUUAUCCUUUAACUGUUAGUCAGCUGGACAACUUGAGGCAUCAAGCCACUCAGAUUGUCUCUAUGAGGCUUAGUCGUGCUGAGCCACCUCUGAGAAAAGAGAUAGUGGAGUAUAUGUUAGAUGUCGGUUCUCAUAUGUGGAGUAUGAGGAGAAGCAAAGCUAAUGUUUUUAGAAUUAUGGGUGUUUUAGGUGGAUUAAUUGCUAUCGGGAAAUGGUUUGAUCAAAUUUGCAAUUGGAAAAAUCCCAUUACGACUGUUCUGAUCCAUAUCUUGUUCUUGAUACUGGUUCUAUAUCCGGAGCUUAUUCUGCCUACCAUUUUCCUCUAUCUCUUCUUAAUCGGGGUUUGGUACUACAGAUGGAGGCCUAGGCAUCCUCCCCACAUGGAUACUCGUCUUUCUUGUGCUGAUAACGCCCAUCCUGAUGAAUUAGACGAGGAGUUUGAUACUUUCCCUACUUCGCGUCCUCCUGAUAUUGUUCGGAUGAGGUAUGACCGUUUGAGAAGUAUUGCAGGAAGGAUACAGACUGUGGUUGGUGACUUGGCUACUCAAGGGGAGAGGCUUCAAUCAUUGUUGAGCUGGAGAGACCCUAGAGCGACCGCGCUGUUUGUCAUUUUCUGCUUGAUUGCUGCCAUUGCGCUCUAUGUCACACCUUUUCAAGUUGUGGCUCUCGUGACUGGAUUUUACAUGUUAAGACAUCCGCGAUUUCGCCAAAAGCUACCAUCUAUUCCGGUGAAUUUCUUCAGAAGAUUGCCUGCCAGAACUGACUGCAUGCUAUGAGCUGUAGUACUGUUAGCUGCUAUUGUCCACUUUUCCUUUGUGUCUCCUGUUGAAAAUGAUGUAGAAAUGAGCAGGGCUUUGGGUUUUUUCUUCUAUGAAACUGCUUAGAGGUAGUGAAUUUUCUGUUGAAGGUUGGCUGUUAGAUGCAAUUCCAUAUUAAUAGUAGAAGUAAUCAUCUGUUUGUUUCUUUUUCCGAACUUUCUCAAUGAUUAAUCAGUGUAUUGCUCUUUUCAUUAGUCAUAAA